AUGCAAACGAUGGUGGGUUUGUUUUUGUUUGCAUCGUCGUUGGUGGAUCCUCCGUUUCCGAUCCCGGCAACGGUUCAUCAGUAAGCGUCAGUGGUGCCUGGUCGCUUACGGCGCAACCAUGUUUUCUCGCGCAAUCGUGUGUCGUACAAUCGUCAGCCUACCCUCCCGGAUACCAAUCAAUCGGCACCUCAAUCAGCUGAAAUGGAAACUGGACUACUGCACCAAACCGCCCGGCGAGGGACCACCUUCGGUGCGGAGGUUGUGGAAACUUCUUUUUGGGCGUUAUCUGCUCGCAACCAACACGGUUACCUCCGGAUUACUGAUGCUAGUCGGGGACUUGGCAGCCCAGAAGAUCGAACAACGGCAAGAAAACGCCCCACCCGAUUCCUCUUACAACGGGCGCCGAGUGUUUAACAUGACCCUCGUUGGACUGUCACAAGGCCCUUUACACCACUACCUGUACAAAUGGAUGGACGUGUUACUUCCGGGGGCGUCCGUACGAACAGUAUUCAAGAAGAUUGGCAUCGAUCAAGUCGUCAUCUCGCCUAUUUUCAUCAUAACUUACAUGUAUAGCGCGGGCCUGUUGGAAGGAGCGUCCGUUGCCGCGUGCACCGACGAGCUGCGCCACAAGUACUGGACCAUUUACCUGGCCGAUUGGUUGGUUUGGCCUCCGACGCAGUUCAUCAACUUUUACCUGCUGAGUCCCAAGUACCGCGUGCUGUACAUAAACGGUAUCACCAUGCUUUACAAUGUGUUCCUAUGCUACAUCAAGCAUAACGACGACUUAGUCGCCUUGGUAACGGGGAAUCCUGCGACAGAAGAGAAACCACCGACGAACCCAUCACACCGUUAGGCGGGGCACUUUUUCUUUCCAGCAAAUCAGCAAGCAUCUGGCCCGAUUUGUACUUAAUACUUUCCACCGUCGGACACGUGUAAUAUAUUAUUAUUGCCAUUUUCAGUCAAUGUUUCUGAAUUAAAGUGCUAUCCCAGCUGUUUUACACGUCCGAACGCGGCGGGCUGCCGGGUGUGUCCUGAAAUCUAUUGUCUUCGUUUCGUUUUAGCUGAUAUAGUGUUAACAGUAAAAGCCUUGGUUAGGAUGCCUUUCAAAAUUUACAACAAUGGCACACGUUGGCUCCGGUGGCGUGUAUGAUAGGCAAGGCGAGGAAAAAUAAAGUAUUUAUCUUCCGUAAAGUACCCCUAGGAAUGCUAGAACGCUA